AUGAUGCCUCUUCAGCGCCACAUAAAAAAUGUUGUUCGCAAUUAUACGGAAGCGGAACGGAAAGUACGUGAGGCUACUUCAAAUGAUCCAUGGGGUCCAAGUAGCACACUAAUGUCUGAGAUUGCGGAUAGAACGUACAACGUUAUCGCAUUCACUGAAAUUAUGCAGAUGAUUUGGAGGAGGUUAAAUGACAAGAGCAAAAAUUGGAGGCACGUUUAUAAAGCUCUCAUUCUCUUGGAGUAUAUUAUAAAAACGGGCAGUGAUAAAGUUGCAGUUCAAUGUAGGGAGAACAUACACGCCAUCGAAACUCUCAUGGACUUCUACUAUGUGGAGGACGGCAAGGACGUGGGAAACAGUGUGCGUGAAAAGGCGCGUUGUCUGAAUUCGCUGCUGCGCGACGAAGAACGACUCCAGGAAGAGCGUGGAAAAGCGUUGCUUGCUCGCGAGCGUCUCAUGCAUGGUGGAGCCCUCGGGACCUCCGCCGCCGCUGCCUCUGUCUACUCUCCUUCGCUCCCCUUCACCCGAGCUGGUUCCACCUUCGGUGAUGAUCGCCGUCCCUCUUCCCAGCCCUCCUCACUCUCCGCUGCUAUCGGUGGCAUAUCGAGUGACUUAGAUUCUGCGCAACCGCAGUCUUACACGGAGGAGCAACUGCAGCUUCAACUGGCCCUCGCCAUCAGCAAGGAGGAGCACGAACGCGAGCUGCAGAAACGUCACGAGGAGGAGGCCAAGGAGGCCCUGAAGCUUCAAAUGGUCCUGGAGCAGAGCAAGCGCGAGGAACAGAGCCGUUCAGCAGCGGCCUCCUCGCUCAUUUCGGCGGCUAACUCGACUGGGGGUGGUGGCUCCGCCUCAAUGACGGGCAAUGGAGGCGGUCUCUUCAGCCUGAUCGAUACGUCACUCUCUGCUGCGCCGGCCAACAUGCCCGAUCCUUGGUCUACCAUUGUCCCUACCACCGUUCCCAGUAAUAGCGACCACAGCAAUGCCCUUGUCGCCGCUGCCUUGCCCUUCAACAAUUCCGCCUACCGCCAGUCAAAUAACACCAACAGCAGUGGUGGUGUUGGAAAUCAACUCAGCCUCAUUGACUCCGCUUGGACUCCCAAGGAUCCUCUGCAAUCCCAGCAUUCACACACUGUUCCAGUUGCGAACAACAAUCCCUGGGCUGCACUGGACCCUGUCGAGGCAGCCCUUCCUUCCACUGCCCCUACUUUAGCUCAGAACGGCGACAGCAGCAGUGGCAACCCUGGUUUCGGCAUUGGUCCUACUGCUAACGCUGUCACCACCACUGCCACCACUACGGCUCCGACUGCGGCGUCCGCUACCUCAUCGGACAAUGCAGCGACACCGUCAACACCCGCAACGACGGUCACACCAACGCGAAAACGUACACCUGCUGACUUCUUGGGAGACCACAAGGGCCUCGUGGACCUGGAGAAACUGGUCGAUCGAAAUCCUGCCUCCACAAAUCCCUUCGCGACGAGUACGCGUCCACUGACGGGACAUUCGACGAACCCCUUCAGUGCAAACCAACCGCCGAAGCCGUCGUUAAAUCAACUGAGUGCCGCCGCAAACGGAACCGCAUUGGCCGCCCUAGGGGACCGAUCGGCCUUAGCUUUCACCUCCUUCCCAGCCCAAUGCGCUCCUUUUAUGACUUCCGUACCUACAUUCUUCCCCGGUCAAGUAGCUCCCACCUCUACCGGUGCCCCACAACAAUCACAGCCGCAGCAGCAACACAGCCUCAAUCCCUUCUUUUGA